GUCCAUCUGUUGGAUGUGACUUCCACAGUCACACCCACAAAUUAAAAGAACUCUAAAACCUCACGCCUUUACCCUUAUAUAGUAUACUACAUUACAUGCCCCUCCAAUUUCUCAAACCCCUUCUUCUCACUCUUCCUUUCACACCCUUCAAAUGGCUCAGAAGGUUGUGUUAAAGGUUUUGACUAUGACUGAUGACAAAACAAAGCAAAAGGCUAUAGAAGCUGCUGCAGAUAUCUUUGGGGUUGAUUCAAUUGUUGCUGAUGUGAAGGAGCAGAAGUUGACAGUGAUUGGCCAAAUGGACACAGUGAAAAUAGUGAAGAAGCUGAAGAAAGUAGGAAAAGUUGAUAUAAUAUCAGUUGGACCUGCAAAGGAAGAGAAGAAGGAAGAAAAGAAAGAAGAGAAAAAGGAAGAGAAAAAAGAGGAGAAGAAAGAGGAAAAAAAGGAAGAGAAGAAGGAGGAGAAGAAGGAAGAAAAGAAGGAAGAGAAAAAAUAGAAACAAUAUUAUUCAUUUUCGGCUUUUUUAUUUAUUUUUUCUUUCUGAUUCUACACCCUUCUCUUUUUUAUUUUGUUUUCCAUAUUUUCCCAUUUUCAGAAGCCUUUGUAAGCUACUAAAAUUGUUCAUAGAGUCUUUUCAUUUUUGCUCAUCU